UAUAAGUUCAUUGACUACACACAACCUUGAUAGUGUCAACAACAUCGAUUCAGACCAUAGCUACGAUGGCUAUGCUGCCACUCUGGUCAUAUGUGUAAGUUCUCUUGGAUGAUAAGGAUUAAGACGCAAUGCCGGAAAAACCACUCUCAUACAGGAAAACCUUGCAGAUGAGAAAAAACUUUGUAGGGAGAGCAUGCAAGUUACAUUUUGAAGUAUCUCCCUUGAAGAUUGUGCGGGCAUCAAAGCAAUAUUUAUAUGAUGACAAUGGAUGUGAAUACUUAGACUGUAUUAGCAAUGUGUCACAUGUUGGUCACUGUCAUCCCCAUGUUGUCCAUGCUGGGCAGGAACAGAUGGGAAAGCUGGUCACCAGUGCAGGCUUCCUGGAUGAUAAGAUGGUGGAAUACGCCAAGCGCAUCAUCGAGACCCUUCCAGAUCAGCUCUGUGUUUGCUUCUUCCUAAACUCAGGAUCUGAAGCCAAUGACCUUGCCCUUCGGCUAGCCAAGUCCUACACAAAGAACGAAGAUUUUAUUGUCCUUGACCAUGCUUACCAUGGAAACAUAGGAAGUCUUUUAGACCUAAGUCCUUCCAAGUGGAAAAAGGUCGGCAUAACCCAGAAAGAAUGGGUUCAUGUGGUGGAUUGUCCUGAUAUGUAUAGAGGGAAGCAUAAAGAUGAUGCCAACCCAAGCCUGAAGUAUGCACAGCAAGUUCACACAGCUAUCAAAAAAGCCAAAGAGAAGGGCAGAAAUAUUGCGGGCUUUCUCAGUGAACCUUUGAUGAGUAUAUGUGGGGUGAUAACUCCACCCAAGAACUACUUAAAGUUGGUGUACAGUUUUGUGAGGAGCAAUGGAGGUAUUUGUAUCGCUGAUGAAAUCCAGGUUGGAUUAGGAAGAUGUGGAGAAUCCUUCUGGUCAUUCCAGAUGCAUGAUGUAGUACCAGACAUUUUAACGGUUGGUAAACCUUUAGGAAAUGGCCACCCAAUGGCAAUGGUGGUGACAACAAAAGAAAUCGCAGAUAGCAUCGGGGAAUUCAAUAGCACAUUUGGAGGAAACCCAGUGGCCUGUGCUGUAGGAAUGGCUGUGUUAGAUGUGAUCCACAAUGAAAAACUGAUGUCUAGUGCCAGAAAUGUGGGAAAGUGUUUGAUGGAUGGGAUGAAGGCUAUUGCCCCAAACCACCCAAUGUUGGGGGACAUCCGGGGGACAGGAAUGGUGAUAGGGAUAGAGAUCGUGACAGACAAAGAGAGCAGAAAGCCAUCCAAAGAGGGGGCAGAGAUACUGGCCUACAAGUUGAAGGAACAGAAGAUUAUCAUUGCUAAUGAAGGACCGGAUAAGAACGUAAUGACCUUACUUCCUCCUAUGUGCUUUACUUGUGAUAACGCCAGGCGAGUUGUUCAGGCCUUCGACCUGGCUUUAGCUGAUAUAGAGAAGGGGGCAGGUAACAAUCCGCUAGCUCAGUCGUCGGACUCCAAAAUGAACGUCCCUCUCAAUAUUCUUUCGGGGCUGGGGGGCUCCACUGGACUGGGUAUCCUGGAUGACCCAGAAGAUGACGGGGAGUCGGACUCAAAAAGAGCUCGCUAUGAUGAGAUGGACUGAUGAAGUACAAGCAGGAGUGAUGAAAUCUCUUUGUAGAGAACUUACUGUCAGUACAAGCUCGGCUUUGUAGUUUCAACAACGAAAAUAUAGAAAGGGAUCUCUUGCAGAGUAAUGCUACUAAUUACUAUUUGUUAAUGUUAGUUUUACAGGUCCUGAUUAAAAAAAGUGAGGUACUUCUUAGUGGUCAUCAAAUGUAAUUUUGGCGAAAAAUUUCUUUUUCAAAAAUGAAGUCAGACUUGAAUACAAUGAAUUUUAAUUUUGGUGGGACUUAUGAAAACUGGGAUAUUUGAAAGGUAGAGGUUCACAACCUAGUUAAGCCCCUGUCCAUAUUCGAUAUAUUGAUGUAUUUGAUAUACUUUUAUACAGAUUUUAUAUUUGACAUUUAUACAGAUUGUAUAUUUGACAUUUAUACAGAUUGUAUAUUUGACAUUUAUACAGAUUGUAUAUUUGACAUUUAACAAAGUGAAAAGAAGGAUAUCUGCUAUCAACCUUUGAAGUACUUCCCAGAAUAUAAAUAAUCUGAAGAGGAACAGUAGACCUGGUUGUUAUGUAGUCUUUAGUACUGGUGUAUUCUUUGUGUAAAGUGAAAGGUCUUAUUCAGUUUUGAAUUUCAAAAUAUUCAAUUCAACAGUAUAUGUUCAUGUUCAAUUAUAUUCUCAUAUAUUUGAAUAUCUUUUUGUGCAAUAGUUUUUAAAAUGAAAUAUAUGCUAUAGGUUUUGAAAUAUUUUAUAGAUCUAGGCAUAUUUUCUACAAAGUAUCCUUUUUCAUGUCUAUCACAGUGUAUUUAAGAAAUCCUAUCACAAUAGAUCUUUUUAUUUAGUGAAUUAAACUCUGAUAUUAUCUCCCUUUGCAUUUUAAAUGUAUGUGUUAAUGAUAUAUUGUAACAUUGUAUGUCAGAUGUGUGCUGUUAUUUUGUAUAGUUAUUUUAUGGAAUGAAGAAAGCAAUUUGCUAAUAAUCAUGAGUAAGAAAUUAAAUGCUUUGAAUAUUACAGUUAGUUAAAGCUUUGGUUCUGUUAAAAUAUAAUGCCCUGACUACUGUAUUAUAUUUUAUGGAAAAAUAGCUUGAAAGGCAGCUGACAGAUAAAUAUUGUUUACAGAGGGGAUUGAUAAACUUUGUAUUAUUUAUUGAUGAACUUUGUAUUAUGACUCAAAAUACUUUCACUAAAAAACUUUUUUGGGUUGCUUUCUUUUUUGAAGUAGGGCCAUUCAACACUACAGAGUUAACCAUCCUUAGAAGGUUAAUUCACAUAACUUAAACUUGUGAUGUCAUCAUUGUUUCACUGACAGCCAUUUCACUGUAAGGUCAGAAGGUCCACACUAUAACCUGGAUUAUAUAUUGCAGGUUACUGUAAUCCAGGUUUAGUAGAUAUGGAUUUCUUUAAUCUAAUGUGGACUGGCCUUUUUUCCUUGUAAAUUUCUAGCCAGUUGUUUUCAAAUAGCUUUUAAUUAUUAUACACUGUUUUAAAAUUUCACUGUGCCUGGAAUUUUAUUUUUGUUCAGGUUUUUAGUUAGUUCCAAUUUCUACAAUAGUAGCUCACUUUCCAUCUACUUAUUUGAAUGUUCUCUAACUAGUGGUUCGCUUUACAUGGACGCUCAUUAAUUUAACUGACAGAUAAUUAACUCCUUAAUUGACAUGGCAUUAGCAGAUAAAUAAGUGUGUGUUAAAUUUAACAGAUGCUUUUGUAUCUGGACUUGGAAAUUUAAUUUUUCAAAUGGAAAUACAUGUAUUUCAAUUCUACAUAGUAUACAGUUAGCAACACAUUUUGUAUUAGUACAUAUUUCAUAAAAUGUAAUUUAAAGCCACUGUAAUGCUUGUAAAUACUGUUUAAUUUAUAUACCAUGCAUCAUUGCUCAAUUUUCCAACACAAAAUAUUGCAUUGUGUAUUGUCAUGUUAAUUAAGUUUUGUUAUAUACUAGUAUUUUAUCUAUAAAUGUUCUAUAGCAUCACAAAUUUUAUUUUAUUUAUAUGCAUAUUAAAUCUUGUACAAUGUAGCACAAUUUGUUUUUUUUAAUUAAGCUAUGAUAUAUAAUAAUUUUGGUGAACAGCAAGUUUUAUCUACUGAUCACACUUUUUGAGGAACUUGUUGUUUUUCCACUUUUAAGAUUAUUGGUAAAUCGUGUUUCUCUGUUGUUGCCCUUUAUGAUUAUUACAGGGCAAUUGCUACCUGUCUCUGAUUAUGGCUUACUUUAAAAAUUAAUCAAAUGUUAGAGGUUGUGAUCUAUGUAUAAAAAUGAUGAACUGGAGAGUUAUUGGUAAAACAUUCACAUGAUAUUGACCAGUGUGUUCUAUGCUAAAUGUAUAAAAUGUUAUUGAUGUAAUAAAUUUAUAUGACACAAA